AUGACUUGCACAUUUACCAUUGUUCCCGCCUCGACCCAGGCCGCAAAGGAGACGAUCCGGAUCCUUCUCAGCGAUGCCUCAAAGCCCCGUGUACGCGCCAUCUAUCGCGACCCCUCCAAGGCGCCGACCGAGUUCACGAGCAACUCAAACUUCACCGCCCUCCAAGGAGACGUCACAACGGGAAAGGGUCUCGAUUUCAUCGGGUCAGACGCCGUAUUCUACAUUCCGCCACCCUUCUUCGACCCAGGCGACCAAACCCUCGCCGACCUCGCAGCUGCCGCGGCGAAUCACGUCAAACAGGCGCUCGAGAAAGCGCCUUCCGUGAAGAGGCUCUUGCUCUUCUCAUCGAUGGGAGCCGAGAACGACCAUGGUAUCGGCAUCUUGAAAAUCAACCACAUCUCGGACAAGAUCCUCAAGACCGCGGCACCCGAGGUCGUCAUCGUCAAGCCCGGCUACUUCCAGGAGAACUGGGCCCGCGCCUUCGAGACGGCCAGGGCCGAGCAUGCCUUCUUCGACUCCCCUCUGAGCCCGAUCGACAACGCGCUUCCCAUGGUCAGCAUCAAAGACGUCGGUCGAGUCUGUGCCCGCAAGCUUUUGGAGUUGUCGGUCCCGUUGCCGGAGCGCACGUACUUCUUCGAGCUGUUCGGUCCCCGGCACUACAGCGUUCGGGAUGUGCAGCUGGCCGUCGAGGAGAUCGUUGGCAAGAAGGUCGACGUGGUGCUUAUUGAGAAGGAGAAGCUUGGCGAGUACUUCGCCGGCAUGGAGGUGCCGGAGAGUGUCGUGAGGGAAAUGGUUGAAUUUACGACGGCGGCGUUGCCCGGUGGGGUCAUGUACCAGAAGUUCGACGGGGAUGAGCGGACUGUUCGGGGCGAGGUGGAGCUUGUUGAUGCACUGCGCGCUGUUUACACGGCGUAA